AUGUGUUCUGCACCGUACGGGCGGAAGAAGCGCCCACGACCCGCAGGGAGCAUCCUCCCCGGCAGCCGCGGCGAGAGGACGGAGCCGGAGCGCAGGCAGAGCCGGGAGGAGGCCGUGGAUUGCAGCAGGAUGACUGUCCAGGAGUUCAACACCCUGGUGGCUCUGUACCGGGAGCAGGUCAUAUCCAUCGGGGAGAUUUCUGCCGACUGUCCGGCUCUUCGCUCUCAGAUGCAACUGACUCGCUCCAAAGGAUGCUCCAUGGCCCGGGCAGCGCACCAGGACCUCACCGUCAUCUCCGGUUCAGGUCCAGAGGACGGAGAGAUCCAGCCUGAGAUCCUCCGGCUCUUCAUCCAGCUGCAGUGCUGCCUGGAGAUGUUCGUGACGGAGAUGCUGAAAUCCAUGUGCCUGCUGGGGGUGCUGCAGCUCCACAGAAAAAGAACCGAGUCGGAGCCGAAGUUGGACUUCAGGAUGGACGAGAGCUCGGACGUCCCGUUCCUGGAGGAGCGCUCGUCCUCGCCCAUAGACUUCCCUCAGGAGCAGUGGCUGGUGGGAAACGACAUCGAGAACAUCGAGAGAGACAUGCGAGAGAUGAGAAACCUCCUCAGCAAACUCAGGGACACGAUGCCAUUGCCACUGAAAAACCAAGACGACAGCAGCUUGUUGAACCUGACUCCGCAGCCGCUGGUGCGACCGAGGAAGAGACGCUUCCCUGGACUCUGCUGCAUGGUGUCGGGCUGA